GUUACAGUGUAGCACCAGCUGCUUUUUGCACUCUGGAGCCGCCGCUGUGCGAGUCUUCCUGAACUCAUUCAGCUUCUCAGCUUCCCCUCUCCCCGUGAUCCCCCUCUGUCUCCCCGUUCACUGCCCCUUCCUUCACUUUCCCCACCAGCAGCCCUGGGGGGCAUAAAAACCCCUCCAAAACGAUAAAGAUCUGCCAUCCACACAAAAGGCAACAACACUAUUCCCUCUAGAUGUUCUACAAAUGAGAAGAAGAAAAAGAUGGAACUGCAUAUCCUAGAGCACAGGCUAAAAGUAGCCAGCAUAGCCAAGGAGAACAUCCAGUUGUUUACCUAUGGAUUAAUCAAACUUGCCUUUUUGUCCUCCAAAACCAGGUGCAAGUUUUUCAGUCUGACUGAAACUCCAGAAGACUAUACUAUUAUCGUGGAUGAAGAAGGGUUUCUAGAACUACCAUCUUCAGAACAUUUAAGUGUAGCAGAUGCAACAUGGUUAGCCCUUAACGUGGUCUCAGGAGGAGGAAGCUCCUCCAGCUCCCAGCCAAUCGGAGUGACCAAAAUAGCAAAAUCAGUCAUAGCACCACUUGCAGACCAGAACAUCUCUGUGUUUAUGUUAUCCACUUAUCAAACAGACUUUAUAUUGGUACGUGAGAGGGAUCUGCCUUUUGUAAUGCACACACUGGCUGCAGAGUUUACCAUUUUGCAGGUGGUGAAUGGAGAAACUGUAGCUGCUGAUAAUCUUGGAGUAACAAAUGGAUUUGUGAAACCUAAGCUUGUUCAGAGGCCAGUUAUCCACCCACUUUCCAGUCCAAGCAAUAUGUUCUGUGUUACCAGCCUGGAUCCCUAUACCCUUCCAAGUGUGACUACACUCCUAAUGGAUGUUAUGUUUUACUCCAAUGGAGUAAAAGAUUCGGUGGUGGGCAGUGAGGAAUCUGGUCAUAUCCGCUUCUUUUCCUUCUCCCUCAUUGAGGGCUACAUUUCCUUGGUAAUGGAUGUACAGACACAGCAGAGGUUUCCUAAUAAUUUGCUGUUUACAAGUGCGUCGGGCGAGCUUUGGAAGAUGGUUCGUAUAGGCGGACAACCUCUAGGUUUCGAUGAAUGCGGGAUUGUUGCCCAAAUCUCGGAACCUUUAGCUGCUGCUGACAUCCCAGCAUAUUAUAUCAGUACCUUUAAAUUUGAUCAUGCACUGGUACCCGAAGAAAACAUCAAUGGUGUCAUUAAUGCUCUUCAGGUCAGCCAAGCAGAAAAGCAUUAGAAGUCUUCUGGCUGGUGGCUAGCUUCUUUUUAUUAUCUGUGCAGUAUUUCGAAACAAGCUGAAUCUCAUGAGGUGCCAUGAAGGAAGAGAGACACUGAAAUAGAGAUGAAUGUGAAAGUCUUCAGCAAGUUUUUUUGUUUUCUUUUUAUUCUCUUAUGUUAGUUUCCAAAGUGUUCUGUAACGUUCCUGCUAACUUGGUAUGGGGAAAAAAAGAGAAAACCAGGAAAAAAGUAAAAAAGAUAAAGAAAAAAAAAAGAAAAAAAAUCAUUGCACAGUUGCAAUUAGUUAUUACCGGGAUGCUGUGCAGCCUUGUCUGUAGACAUGAUCUGCACCUUAUAGAUGAGUGUGAAAAUUUUGUUCUGAAACGUGUGUGGAAAGUGUUAGACGCUUGAAAAAGGAAUGAACAUCACAAAAUGGUAAAGAAUAUUGCACUGUAUCCAUCUACUCCUCGUCACGCGUCUCAAAAAGAUUGUAAUACCACAACUAGUACUACAUGUUGAAUAGUCCUGCGCCUCUUAUCCUUGCCAGUUCCUGAGAGCAAUAGAUUGCAGGCUGCUCCUGCUUGAGACACGGAUUGAAGUUUGUUGGGCAGAACCAAUGAUCCCCAUCAGCUGAUCGCACUGCAGUUUCCAUGCAGAGAUGAAAGAGGGAGUGUUGGCAGCUUUGUAUAGUUCUCUGCACCUUGACUCUGCUUUGACCCCCUUUUAUUUCUACGCAUGGUGAACUGUGUUAUUGUUGUGUUUUUGUUUCAUAGUGACUCUUCUAGCCCAAAAAAAAAAUAACCUUUUUCAGAGGAUUUUAAUUGUUGAACCAUGCCCACCCCAGUCAUGCAAGCAUCAUCUCUUUGGACUUGUUUUCAAAGUCCCCUCAAAAGGCAAAAAAAAAGUGCUUUGCUGCAGAAAAAAUAAUAAUAAUUUUGACAUCAGUGGUUCAUAAACUGGUUUCAUUUGAUUAUUGAGCGAAGAAAAGAGAAUCUGCUGUAUGUUAAGAGUGGAUCUUCACUCUUAGAGUUUGAGUCUUCGUCAUAACCCUUCACUGUUACACUAUAUAUUAUAGGCUAUCCCUUGAAAUACUGUCAGUUUUAUCUUGUGUGAAUUUCUACAUCUAGGCGCUUAUGCCACACAGAGGACUACUGUACUAAAGACUGAAUACCAAGUCGUGGCAGACAUUAGGGUAUCUAUGCCGUAUUAUGGUAAAUCAGAUUUUGAGUUUUUCUUUUCUACUUACGUUAUUUUCCAUAUCGUUUUGUGAUAUUUGCGAGUGCCACGCCUAACCUUUCUCCUCGAAGAGGCAGACAUUUAACCUUUGAGGUUGUCAGUCACCUCCUACAAUAACAUACUGACCAGUACAGGUAUAACCACAGAAGGGCUGUCUCUGUUGGGGGAAGAGGCUAUGAUAAUUUAGAUUUAUACACAAUCUACGACAGGCAUCCUCAAACUGCGGCCCUCCAGUUGUUGCAAAACUACAACUCGCAGCAUGCCUGAACAGCCUACAGGUAUCAGCCUACAGCAGGGCAUUGUGGGAGUUGUAGUUUUACAACAGCUGGAGGGCCGCAGUUUGAGGAUGCCUGAUCUAAGACAAUGGCAUUGAUCUCAUAUUUGCAUUUGACCUCUAGAAUUUUUGCAUAUUAUUAAGGGUCAACAAAAUAGGUUGAGGUUGAAUGUAAUUUACCAGAUUUUUAAAGGGGUUCUCCAGGAAAAAAAAAAAAAAAAAAAAAAAAAUGAAACUACUGAAAAAUCAUGUUAUUAUACAUAACUUUCUAAAUGCCUUUCAUUAUUUAUAAUGGUUCGUUUAGUCUAGGGACAGUCGGGAGAAAUUAAAAUGGCCAUUGUCAGAUUACUAAGCAUGGAAUCCGUCCUAAUUACUGUACAUAGCAGGAUGUCAGAAUGCAGAGCACAGGAGCCCCAUGGAAGCUGCUCUGACUGUGACUCUUAUGUGCAGACCACACCUGAGGGAAGCACUCAUCUGUGUCCAUGGGCCUUAGAAUAGAGCUCACCUGGUACUCAAAGGCUGAAGUGUAGGAAUGAAGACCAGACACACACUGCUGUGGGAGAGGUAGGUCAUUGCAAAACUCUUCAGCCUGUGAGUACAAUUCUUUUGUUUCCUGGAGAACCCCCUUGAUGAACAGUUUAGAUUUUCUUUGGCUGAAAGCUAUUCAUCUCGACCGCCCAUACACGUGUGUUUGUCUGAGUUUGCAUGUGUUCUGAAUGAGGAAAGGUGAAUAAGCUGAUGCUAGACACCUCUGGUGAUGGCUUAUCUCCUCUGAGAAGAAAAGGAUUGCGAAUAUUGAAAUCCAAGAGCCUGAUCCUUCUUUUCCCUAAUCGAGACAUCCCUAUACACUUUAGAUGAUUGGGUGGUCACUCUGAAAACAGCUUGUAUUCCUCUAAUGUUUUACCGUUCAUUUUGAAAAUACAUCAAUUUUAUUACAUUUAUUGUUACUGUUCUUGGUCUAUUUAGCCAUCUAAAAGUCAAUAAUCUCCCGUUCAUAAAAUCUAGAUAUUACAUAGUUCUUAACUAAUUGCAAGACACUAAUAAUCCUACCAAUAAUCACAGAUGACAUUAUGAUAUAAUAGACCUCUUCCUAGUAGACAUAUCCUGGCAAGCACCUGUAAAGUAAAGGCUUCAAUUUUUCUGAAACUUUAACAUAUGCAGUAUCCAGCCAAUAAGAAUCCAUAUCAACGUAUUUAAAGAUUUGUGUUUGGAACUUAAAAUAAUCAUAUCACUGGUCAUGAACCCUUCAUGUAUGUAAAUUGAUUCACUUCUCUUGCACUAUCAUUACAAACAGUUGUGAAAAGGCACCAUCAUAUGACCAUUCGUGCCAUCAUUUUGCCCCUUUUGGUUUUCUGCCAGUGCAUACAGACACUGCACAGUAAGAUGAAUAAAAACUAAAGUUUCUGUAAAGUUACAUUCUGUCCACAUCAUGGUCACCUUUGUUUCUGUCCGUACAAUGCAUACCAACUGCGCCUAUCAGCCCCAUUGACUUAUAAUAGGUCUUGUCUGGUUCUGCUAUGGUGUCUGUCAUUUUCAUUGGAAAAAAAAUCACUGCAUGCAGCAUUAUAUUUUUGUGUGAAAUGUGAUUGAUUCUGCAUUGCAGGUUCCUUGCAGAACCUACAGCACAUACUGGUGAACCUCGAAAAGUUAGAAUAUCGUGCAAAAGUCCAUUUAUUUCAGUAAUGCAACUUAAAAGGAAUUGCGUUAAUGCAGCUUAAAGUUAGAAUAUUGUGAAAAGGUUCAAUAUUCUAGGCUCAAAGUGUCACACUCUA